AUGAGCACUUUUAGUCUAGAAAAGAAUCGAUUUCAUUAAAAGGCUUGUGAAAAGAAGAGAAAUAGAUAGAGUGAAGACUUUGGCUCAAAAUUCAAAAAUUAACAAAUAGACAAUCUAAUUGAAUAAAAAACUUAAUCUCUAUAUAAGGAUCUCAAUUCAUCUUAUACAAAGGCUUCAGAUCAAGAAAGUUUUAGUCUAAAUAAUAUUCCUAAAUCUGUUAAAGCAAAUUUAAUUGGUUAGCUCAACAAUAAAUAUGGAAGAAGAUCUCUUCAAUGA